AAAGGCCCUGGACCCCCCGCUGCCUGAGCCAGCCUUCCUGUUUUAUGUUGGAGAAAACAGAGGUCCGGAGCGAAGUGAUUGGACCGGAGUCACCGAGCGAGUGAAGGCCGAGCUGGUUUUUAGAACUAGGCCUGGGGUUGCAUUGCUGUUUAAUGUAGCACAGUUCGUGAUGGAAACUGUAGGAUUUGGAAGCGAGGACCUUGCCUUCCACGUCUGACCCUGUGUUUAUAUGCUGUGUGGCUUGACACAAGUGACUUUAUAUCUCAGAGCCUCCCUUUUCUGAGUUAGGCGUCAUCAUCAUAAUAGCAGCAGUUUAUGGCACUUAAUAUGUAUCAGGUUUCACUACUGUGUCCCAGGAGGAGGGCGGCGUCUGCUGCUGUCUCGUGUGUUCCAGCCACAGAACCUUCGGGAAGACCAGGUGCUCUCCCUGGAGGGCAGAUCUGGGGACCUGACCUGUAAGAGCCAGCGGCUGAUGCUGCAGGUGGGCCUCAUCUACCCGGCAAGCCCCGGCUGUUACCACCUCCUGCCGUACACUGUUCGUGCCAUGGAGAAGCUCGUGCGAGUGAUAGACCAGGAGAUGCAGGCCAUCGGGGGCCAGAAAGUCAACAUGCCCAGCCUCAGCCCGGCAGAGCUCUGGCAAGCCACUAACCGGUGGGACUUGAUGGGCAAGGAGCUGUUGAGACUUAGAGACAGACAUGGCAAGGAGUACUGCUUAGGACCAACUCACGAGGAAGCCAUUACAGCCUUAAUUGCCUCCCAAAAGAAACUGUCCUACAAGCAGCUUCCCUUCCUGCUGUACCAAGUGACAAGGAAGUUUCGAGAUGAGCCCAGGCCCCGCUUUGGUCUUCUCCGCUGCCGAGAGUUUUACAUGAAGGAUAUGUACACUUUUGACUCCUCCCCAGAGGCCGCCCAGCAGACCUACAGCCUGGUGUGUGAUGCCUAUUGCAGCCUGUUCGACAGGUUAGGGCUGCGAUUUGUCAAGGUCCAGGCCGAUGUGGGCAGCAUCGGGGGCACAAUGUCUCAUGAGUUCCAGCUCCCAAUGGAUAUUGGAGAGGACCGGCUUGCCAUCUGUCCCAGCUGCAGCUUCUCAGCCAACGUGGAGACGCUAGGCAUGUCACAAAUGAACUGCCCUGCUUGCCAGGGCCCACUGACCGAAACCAAAGGCAUUGAGGUGGGGCACACAUUCUACCUGGGUACCAAGUACUCGUCCAUUUUCAAUGCCCAGUUUACCAAUGUCUACGGCAAACCAUCCCUGACUGAAAUGGGGUGCUACGGCUUGGGCGUGACCCGGAUCUUGGCUGCUGCCGUUGAAGUCCUCUCAACAGAAGACUGUGUCCGCUGGCCCAGCCUACUGGCCCCUUACCAAGCCUGCCUCAUCCCCCCGAAGAAGGGCAGUAAGGAGGAGGCGGCCUCUGAGCUCGCAGGGCAGCUGUACGACCACAUCACAGAGGCAGUGCCUCAGCUUCACGGGGAGGUGCUCCUGGAUGACAGGACCCAUCUGACCAUCGGAAACAGACUGAAAGAUGCCAAUAAGUUUGGCUACCCCUUUGUGAUAAUCACUGGCAAGAGGGCCCUGGAGGACCCUGCACAUUUUGAGGUUUGGUGUCAGAACACUGGUGAGGUGGUCUUCCUCACCAAAGAUGGAGUCAUGGAUUUACUGACCCAAGUGCAGACCAUCUAAAUGUCCCCAGCCCACCCCUGCCCCCACCUUGCAGCCUUGGUGCUCAUUCUAACACUGCAUUUUCCUACCCCUUUCCUGGACUGCUCUCUCCGGGAACAGCACAGCUCAUGGAGGGUGAGAUCAUGUUAGGGAUGCCAAUUUUUAUCUAGUCAUUUGUUCAGCUUAUUUGUACUUUAAGUCAUUAACUUGAUCCCUUUCUUCAGACUGGCCAUGCUGCCCUAUACCUUUCCUUUUGUAUUCCAUUGUGGAAGCUUCUAGGAGGCUGAGAGGCAAGAGACCCAAGUUCCAGUCUUGGGCCUCUCGUAAAUCACAUGUAGGAUGAGACUGGCUGAUGGCUGAGGGUCCCACAACCUUCCCCACCAGCCGUCAGUUUGACCACGGGCCUUUUGCUACAUUCUGUCCAGAGGGCAGGCCUGCCAGCCCGCCUCCACCGAGAAGUUGGGCUGAGAGUGUGGGGAGAAGAAUCGAGAUCUGACUGCCACCAACCCACUGGUGACUUAGACACAUCCCCCACCCCUGCUGGGGCCUCAGUUUCCCCAUCUGUAACUUGAGAAAAUGGAACUAGAUCUGUAAUAUCCUUAUACGGGUCACUGGGGGGUUCCAUGAGAGGUUUGUGACAGACGGAUCUGGUUCCUCUGAUCCUCCAGUCAGAGGAACUGAUGGCCCAAAAGCUACCUCAAGAGACCUGGCCCCAUUAAGAUGGCUUAAGCACUGAGAUCAUGUUCUACUGAUUGAGUAAAGUCAAACUAUUGGAAGGA